CGUGACGCGUGUGCUGCCGCUCCCGAGGCACUCGCGCUGCCACCGCUGCGCUUCGAGGCAACCGUAGCUAGGCCUGUGUCGCCAGACCCGGGCUGCUACUAGGUUCUCGCCACCCGCCAUGGAUGACUACGCGGUCCUGUCGGACGCUGAGUUGGCCGCUGUGCUGCGCCAGUACAACAUUCCGCACGGGCCUGUAGUGGGCUCCACUCGCAAGCUCUACGAAAAGAAAAUUUUCGAGUAUGAGACCCAGAGGCGGAGGCUCUCGCCCCCGAACUCGUCCGCAUUUUCAUACUCCUAUCGGCUCUCCGACUCAAAUUCAGCAUCGGUGGACUCGGAUAUGUACGACCUGCCCAAGAAAGAGGAUGCCUUACUUUACCAGAGCAAGGGCUAUAAUGAUGACUAUUAUGAGGAGAGUUACUUGAGCACCAGGACUUACGGGGAGCCUGAUUUUGGGGGCACAUCCAAGGGCUUCCGCCAGCCCUCCGCUUCACUCUCAGAUGCUGACACCUUUCACCACCAGGUUCGUGAUGACAAUUUUUUCUCUUCAGAAGAGGAGGGCAAGGAUAGGGAACGCCCCGUGUAUGGCCGGGACAGUGCCUACCAGAGCAUCGCGCACUACCGCCCCGUUUCCAACGUCUCCAGAAGCACCCUGGGCCUGUCCUAUUAUCCUACACCCUCCUCCACCUCUUCUAUGUCCUCAUCUUCAUCUCCCCCACCCUCAUGGCUUGCCCGCCGUGCCAUCCGGCCAGAAAAGCAGGCUGCUGGGGCUGGUUUGGGCCAGGACCGCCAGGUCCCACUCUGGGGCCAGCUGCUCCUUUUUCUGGUCUUUGCUGCCUUCCUGCUCUUGGUUUACUACUCUAUGCAGGCUGAGGAUGGCAACCCCUUCUAAGGAAACACUUGAGGGUCUGGCUGGCUUGGUGGCCAGCUGCUCUUGGAAGUGCUGGCCAACUGCCUUAGCAGUGUGUUUUGGGGGAGGGGGGAGGGGGCUUUUUUGUGUGUUCUAACUUGAGGGCACUGGGCAUGGCCUGGGGCAGUGCUUGCUCCCCCUGCCUUGUCCUGCCUUGUCCUGCCUUGUCCUGCUAUGGAGGCAGCAGACCCAGGCCUUCUGGAGCAUGGUGGGCCUGGGUGGGCCUUCCUCCUGACCCUGCUUGCCUCUGACCCUUAGGGCCCAGGAGGGUAAGACCCUUUUCCUGGAGAGGAGAACAUAGUUGUUGUCAUUGCAUGCCUCCUGUUCUUGUCACCUUGUUGGGGGGAUUAACCAAAGGCCACCCUGACUUUUGUUUUCGUGGACACACAAUAAAAAGACAGUUUAUUUUUAA